AUGAAGGCCACCUUUGUCAUCUCGGCCGCCCUGGCCACCGGCGCUCAUGCCUGGACCUACCCCGACUGCGAGCAGGACGGCUGCUACCGCAACCUGAUUGACAAGCGUUAUGCCGGCGAGGCUCCCGGAUUCUGCAUUGGCUGGAUCGGCGGCACCACCACCGACAACGCCGCCAUCCCCACGCACUACCGCAACUGCCCCGACGUCAAGGCCCUUUCGUCGGCCUGCUCUUGCGUCGCUUACACGGCCACGCACACCUCGUCCACCACCACCACCCACCAGACGUCGACGAGCACCCCGCCGGUGACGACGACGACGACCACCAGCAGCACGCAGCCCCCGGUCACCUCGAGCUCCUCCUCGACUCAGACCACCACCAGCAGCACGAGCACUCCUAUCACUACCACCUCGUCCGAGUCUCACGUCACCACCAGCAGCUCGACCACCACGUCAGACUGCACCACUGAGACCGAGACCUCGACUCCUCCUCCUGUGACCAGCUCCACCACCACCACCUCGGACUGCACCACCGAGACGGAGACAUCUACGCCUCCUCCCGUCACCACCACCAGCUCGACCGAGACUGUGACCACCACUCCUCCUGUCUCGAGCAGCUCGUCCGAGGUCACCACGAGCAGCAGCACCAGCACUCCUGUUACCACGAGCAGCAGCACCAGCACUCCUGUUACCACGAGCAGCAGCACUAGCACUCCUGUUACCAGCAGCAGCAGCACUAGCACUCCUGUUACCACCACCACCAGCAGCACUCCUGUCACCACCAGCAGCACCAGCACGCCUGUUCCCACCAGCAGCUCGACCAAGACCGAGACUUCUACUACCACCGUCUCGAGCAGCUCGUCUGAGUCUCACGUCACCACCAGCACUCCUACCACGACCCAGUGGACUACGUCUACCUUCUUCACGACGUCCACUCACACUAUCACUAAGUGCCCUCCCACCGUGACCAGCUGCCCGGCCUCGUCGACCGUCACUGUGACCUCGACCAUCCCGGUCUCGACCACCGUGUGCCCCGUCACCAGCACCUCCAGCACCGAGGUUCCCACCACCACCAAGUCGUCCAGUUCCGAGAUUCCCACCGGCAGCAGCUCUUCGACUGACUCGACCAACACGGCCGUCACCACCACGCAGCCUCCCACCACCCAGUGGACCACCUCAACCUUUUUCACCACGUCGACUCACACCAUCACCAAGUGUGCUCCUACCGUGACCGACUGCCCGGCCUCGUCGACCGUCACUGUGACCUCGACCAUUCCCGUGUCGACCACUGUCUGCCCUGUGACCAGCACCGAGGUGCCCACCACCCAGCCUCCUCCCCCGUCGAGCACCACCACCCAGUGGACCACCUCGACCAUCUUCACCACCACGACCAAGACCAUCACCAAGUGCGGCCCCACGGUCACCGACUGCCCUGCCUCGUCCACUGUUGUUGUCACCUCGACCGUUCCCGUCUCGACCACCGUCUGCCCCGUGACCAGCACCGAGGCUCCCCCUCCUCCUGGCUCGUCGACCCAGGUUCCUCCUCCUGGCUCUUCCACCCAGGUUCCUCCUCCUCCUGGCUCUUCCACCCAGGUUCCUCCUCCUCCUGGCUCUUCCACCCAGGUUCCUCCUCCUCCUGGCUCUUCCACCCAGGUUCCUCCUCCCAAGUCCUCGACCCAGGCUCCUCCCCCCCCUGGCUCGUCGACUCAGGUUCCUCCUCCCGGCUCUUCUUCCACCCAGGCUCCUCCUCCUCCCAAGUCCUCUGGCUGCCCUGCCGGCCAGCACCCCGGCCCCAACGGCGAGUGCGUUCCCGUCACUCCCCCCUCCACCCAGAGCCCUCCUCCUCCCGGCACCACCCAGCCUCCUGCCGUCACCACCACCACCCGUGUCCCCACGGUCCCUAGCAGCACUGCUCCCCCCGUGGUCACUGCCGGUGCUGGCCGCUUCGGUGUCGAGGCUGCUUUCGUUGCCGUCGGUGUCGCCGCGGCUCUGUUCUAA